GCCUCCCGCACCUCUCACACCUGCUUAGCCCUGGGGCCCCUCGGAGCAGCAGCAGCAAAGUCCAAGAUCUCCAGGGUGUCUUGGAGCAGCUUCAAAAUUGGACAUCUAAAUCAACACACGUGUUGACGUUUUUAUUGGACUUGCUUCAAUAAGAACUGAAUGAUGGCCAUGUACAGAGGAGUGAAGAAAUGGGAGCGUACAGCUGGGUGAAUGACUGCGUGGUAAACGCCCAGUUGAAGACUGACCAAGUGCCAAGUUUGGGGACAGACAAUUAUUAGUGUGCAAAGCCCCCUGACCUCUACUCUUCUGAAAGAGCCAGACUUCACACUGAGCAGCUGCAGACGCGAAAAUCAGAGAAAGCACCACCCAGCCCCAGAUUCUGAGGGGCAGUGCCGGGGACGCGCCUGCCGGGGAGGAGACCUGCUUGGCCAGGUCCCGGCGGCCAUGGGCCUUGGCAUCACCCACCUGCUGCACUUCCAGCUGCUGGGCAAAUAAGAGGUGCUUGUUACCACCGCCCCAGGCCGCUCCGCGCCCCAGGGCUCUAGCCUUGCCCAUCCAGGCCACCUCUGUGACCUGAGGCCAUGUAGACCCCAUCUGGGCAUCUUUCAGUGCUCAGACCUGCCACCAUCUCUCAGGCUUCUUCUCUGCUUCCUGAGAGAGCCAGUGCAUCACCAUGGCUCGGGGUCUCGCCCGGCUGCGCUAUCUCAGCGUCCUCUUGGGCGUGAUCUUGGGAAACAAGGGUCUGCAGGUGAGGCCCUUGUCCCAGAGUGAGGAGUGUGACGCCACUGGCUUCCUGCGGGAGAAACUGCAGUACCGGAACCGCCUGCAGUACAUGAAGCAUUACUUCCCCAUCGACUACAGGGUCCCCGUGCCUUAUGAGGGGGUGCUCAGGAUGGCCAACAUCAGCCGGCUGCAAAGGGAGCAGGUGGGCCAGCAGGAGCUGCGCUACUUGUGGGUCUGGGUGAGCCUCAGCGCCACUGAGGCAGUGCGGGAGUUGCUGCUCGAUGGACACCCGUCUUCGGGGUAUCUGGAGGAGGUGCAGACGCUGCUGCUGGACGUCCAGCAGGGCCUCCUGGAUGUGGAGGUCAGCCCCAAGGUGCAAGCACUGUUGUCACUUCUGAGUGCUCCGGGACUGAACUUGAAGCUGGUGCGCCCUAAAGCCCUGUUGGACAACUGUUUCCGGGUCAUGGAGCUGCUCUAUUGUUCUUGCUGUAAAGCAAGCUCUGUGCUGGCCUGGCAUGACUGUGAGGUGGCUCGUCCUCUGCUUGGUGGCCCUGAGCCCCCGCAGUGUGCGGCUGUCGCCCAGCUGUACUCUCAGCCCCAGCCACCCCCCACUGCCUCCCCCGGCUCCCCAGGAGCUGAGGCAGAGCUCCCGGCUCAGUAAAGUCGAUGAGAGCCGCCCCUCCCCGCCACCGCCCCUUGUACCCCCUGUGAAAGUGCUCCCUUACACCAAAUGGCCUGUAUUGUGGGCUGAGGGCAGCUGCCACUGAGCUAGGUCUGAGUCUUUGAGGUGGUGGUAGGAGGCAGGAAGGGUGCUGUUCCCUGGGGGAGGAUCGUGUGUACCCCCAAAGGGCUUCAGCUUCCUGCCUCUUGUGCCUCACCCGGAGAGAGCUCAAAGCCUCUCCUGGCACUGCCCGGUGCUGUCACCUGAGGUCUGCAUGGGGGGUGGGGGAGGGAGGGAUGGGGAGCAGCCCAGGCCUCAUGCCACAUCUUGCCACAGUCAAUGCUCUUCAUGGUGGUCCUUAGGUUUUUUUUUCUAUUAAACAUCAGCUUUGUUUUGUUUACUUGA